AUGUCGAGGCGACCACGCCCAUCACAAGGCUACUACGCCGAGGGGACCCUCCCGUAUAACACGACGUCGAGCGGCGCGCGUCUUGCAAUCGCCACCGUCACCGCAGCGGCACUCAUGCUCGCCCGUGUCCCCCUCGGGGCCGUCAUGCUCGCUCUCCUCGCAGUGGACGCGUACUGCGUCUCGCAACUUUCCUCCGCAGCGCCCGGCGGUACCGACGAGGCCAAGAUCCUCCUCCGUGCCCGCUGGCCUGCCGUCACCACUCUUGCACUCGGCACAUUCCACCUCGCGCGCGUCGUGUCACGCCGCGUCACACUGGCACACGCGCUCGCGAUCGGCGUUACCCUCGCGGCGCUGUCGCUCGCGAUCAUGAUCAUGGCGCGUAUGCCGGCGACUUCGGGGGCUGUGGUUGACGCGAACUUAUUCGCAUUCGCGCCCAAGCCGCCCGCGUUACUGCAGUUGAGAGACGGCGGACCCGUCGGUGCGAGCGGCGUCCUCUGGCUCCGCAGCGCUGGUAUCGCCGACGCGUCAUGGCACGUCGGGGGGCCGAUCCCUUCGUACGAGAGAGUUUGGGCCAAGUAG